CUUCAGAGUCCAAAGAAGCUUCCCGAGGGACAGGAGGCAUCCUUUGUUUCAUCUUUAAGUCGUGAUUCCUGAAAUCCCAUGGCGGAGAACGGCGGCGAGGUGACUUCCGAGAAGCAGCAGGGGACAUCCUACACGUAUUGGGUAAGGGAGGCCACGCCGGAUGCAGCCCCACUUGCGGCCCCAAACAAGCUAUUCCCUCAAGAUAUCCUUUCUAACCAAUCCAGUUCCAACAACCUCGGCUCUGUUUAGAAUCAGGCUGGAACUUGGGAGGAGAAAAACCUGAAUGGGUGGGCUACUGACAGAAUAAAGGAAUUGCUAAUCAGUGGGCUCCUUGGAGUUCUCUAGUGGCAAAGGAGAAAUAGCUGAUGUAACAAAGUGUAGUGGUGAUGUGAGUUUUUAGUACAUUGUUUUCAUGUUCUCAUUUAUAUUCAUGAGAAAAGAUACCAAGUUGUCAGGCAUACUUAUUGCAUCAUUUAUUAUUGGUUUUGAGUGCUAAUCAUUCUUGCUGCUGACAUUUCUUUUUGUAAGUAGUUUAUUAUUUCAGUCUAAACUCUUCAGAUUUUGAAGUUGGUAGUGAUUUCAUUGACUAGUAAGCUAAAGACACACAUGUAGUUGUAUGCCUGAACCAAUGCCCCCUAUCUUGUUUUAUUUUGAUUGUAUGCAUGUUAUUGCUAAGCAGGCCUUUUUAGUAACUGUCCGGAACAAGAAACGUGUAGGCUACACUUAUGAGUUGACACUAAAAGUCAAAGGUGAGUGGCUUGUUCAAGAAGAGAGAAGGGCAGUCAACGGCAAUAUAGAUAUCCUAGAGUUCUCAUUUGGUGAGCUGGAUGACUUGCAGAUUGAGGUGCAACUUCCAGAAGAGAAAGAUCUUCUGCAACAAGAUAAGCUGCGGAUCAUACAGGAUAUGAAGAAAUUUUUGCAGCCUGUCCGUGAGAAGUUACUUAACUUUGAACAGGAACUCAAAGAUAGGCAGCUGGUGGGUUCAAUGAAAAGCAAAUGCAUGGCAUUUCCUAAAACUAAAAACUCACAGAUUGUAACUAUAUUGUCUAAUCCAUUAUUACCAACUAAUUUUUACAAGAUAUGUGGAUGCAACAUUAGAUGGUCAAAGGGGAUGAUAUUUCCAGUGAUGCUUACAUUAUGCCAACUGAUUGGUUGUUUGCCUGCAUUUGGUAAUUUGCAUGCUUUCUGGUAUCCAUCUAGCGUUGUGGUUGAUCUGUGAAAGAAGAGAACGCUUCGCCUGUCAACAAGAUUUUGAUAUAAAUGAGGAUGCAGCAGAAAGGCGGUGACCUCUUGAAAGUAGUCGACAAGUCGAUACUGAUUCAUGGCAAGAACUGGAACUCUUUGACAAGUAAAAACAAUGCCUAAGAAGAAAGCAAAGGAAAAAUGGUUAAUUUCCAGUUAUCAUGCAAAGUGCAGUGGAGUGAUUAUGUGGAGAAAACUUUUAAAACUGUAAUAAAUAACAUGAAUAUUUGCAUGUGGGUCAAAAAAACAAGAGCACCAUCAAACUUAAAAUCAUCGAUGAUAGAUGGAAUAGCUCAUAUUAUGUGUUUGGCUUGAGGGAAGGGAGAAGAGGCGAGAGGAGGAGAAAGAAGGAGAGGAGUCCCUCAUUUGAAUAAGUGAAAGAAUAAAAAGCAAAAUGUAAAGGAUUUUCCUCUUUUCCCUUAGUAACUAAAUAGAGAAAUUAUCCAUUCCCUUCUCACAAACCAUAUUUUGAUAUAAGAUUUUUUAAUUUAACAAAUAAUCUGCUUAGGC